AUGGUGAACAUUUUUUAUUUUUGGAUAUCUGAAGAAACUGAGGAAAGAUUAUUUGAUUAUAUUAUAACUAUAGAAUCUAUUUUUUCAAUAUUUUUUAAUUCACUUGCUUUUUUAAUAUUUCAAUUAAAACCACCAUUAAAAAAUGAUGCUUGUACAAAUCUUUUAAAAUGGGGUAGAAUUAUUGAUAUUUUUAUACCUUUUACAUUCGGAAUAAUGUUAAGAAGUAGAACAUUGGUACCUUUGAUUGGAAUUGCUGCAAAUGGUAUAUGUCAUGGUUCAUAUUAUCUUUGUAAAGCAUCACUUACUUUACAAAUGACAUCAAUAUAUCCUUUAUUUAGUUAUAUGUUUUUAUCAUAUAUAUUUAGAUACAAUAUUUUUAUUCGAAGAAAUUAUGUAUAUUAUUUUUCACAUUUUGAAAAAUUUAUUUUAUUAAAUAUAUGGAUUAUAUUACCUAUAACAACAAUAUUUAUGUUUCAAUAUUAUGGACGUGAAGAUUUUAUUUAUGAAAGUGGAAUUAGAAAUUUUACUUUAGCAAACUUUUAUUUGAAUAGAAAUAAAUUUACUUUAAUUAUUUAUUCAGAACAUUUAGAAUUACCCGUAUAUAUUUUUCUUAUUAUAUAUGAAGUUGCAUUUAUUUUUUUAAAUUUAUAUUUAAUCAUUGCAUAUACUAUUCCAUUUGAAAAUGAAUUAAAAAGAUGUCAAAAAUCAACAAAUAAGAAUGUUGCUAAAACAAUUAAAUAUAAUAUCAGAUUUUUACGAUUAUAUGUAUCACUUCCUAUUAUUUUAUCAUUGCUUCCAUUUACAAUAGGAUUUUUUCUUUCAUUUGUACCAUCAAUAAGAAAAAUUAAUUUUUAUCUAAAUACUCGGCAUUCAGUAUUAGUAAUGAUUUAUUUUUGUAUAUCUCCUUUUCUUACUUUACACCAUGCAUAUAAAGGUUAUAGUGAACGAAAUGCUGAAAGAAAAAUUCAACAAUCAACAAUUGCAUCCUAA